GCAUUGGAUGUGAGCUUGCGCAAGAAGGGUGGAUGCGCCAUGUCCUCCUCCACCACCUCCUCCUCCUCCACCAAUCACACUCCAAGCCAAGUCUAAACAUGGAAUACUACGGAAGCUGCCGUUGUCAUCUGCACGAACUGCUAUGAGGUCGUACUCGAUUAAUCUGCAGAUAUUAUCAAGAUGGCGCGUAGGACGGAGGCGUGAAGAACUGAGAGCCGGGCACUGAGGAAGACAAAACCUUCCCGAUGAAGAUGCUAGGGAGGAAGCAGAGUCUCCGAGGGGAGCCCAUCCUAGCCGACUACGGCCCGGAUGAGACCCUGAACGAGAGCUCAGAGAUCGAAUGGGUCAAUAAGACAUGGGUGAGAUGGAUCCUUCGAGUGUGUUCUCUGGUUUCUCUGGUAUCUGUCUCCGCCAACACCCCGAGAUCGAAGGAGCUGUACCCGAGCCUCAAGUAUGUGACCUUCUGUUCCGACCUUGUCAUUACUUUUCUCUUCACAGCCGAGAUGAUUGCCAAGAUGCAGGCCCGCGGAAUACUCAAGGGAGAGGUUCCUUACCUGAAGGACCGAUGGUGUCAGUACGACGCCACCAUGGUCUUCUUCCUGUGGAUCUCCAUCAUCCUGCAGAUAUUCGAGGAGAUGACCGAACUUGUGGACAGGCACAGUUACCUGUCGGUGCUGCGAUCGCCUAGGCCUCUCAUCGUCGUCAGACUCAUCCGCAUUUUCCUCAAGUUCUCUAUGCCGAAAAAUAGACUCAAGCAGAUUCUAAAGCGGUCCAGUCAACAGAUCUAUAACGUCACCCUUUUCUUUCUGUUCUUCAUGUCCCUGUACGGUCUGCUUGGUGUCCAGCUCUUUGGUGAACUCAGGAACCACUGCAUCAAGAAUGACACCGACGUGGCGAAUAUCACCCUGAAUAGCCUUGCCAUCCCAGACACCUUCUGCUCAACUGUGAUGGAUUCCGGGUACCAAUGUCCCCAGGGAAUGAAAUGCGUCCCUCUGGAACUGGCGAAGAAAGUCAGCGGCUUCAACGGCUUCGAUGAAUUCGCGACAAGCAUCUUCACGGUGUACCAAGCAGCGUCUCAGGAGGGGUGGGUUUUCAUCAUGUACCGAGCCAUCGACUCGCUGCCUGGCUGGAGGGCGACCUUCUUCUUCACCACCAUGAUCUUUUUCCUGUCGUGGCUCGUGAAGAACGUCUUCAUCGCCGUCAUCACCGAGACCUUCAACGAGAUGCGAGUUCAGUUCCAGCAGAUAUGGGGACUCAGGGGAGGACAGCUCCAGCAGGAGACUACUACCCAGGUGUUGUCUGGAGAUGACUACGGCUGGCAGCUGCUACACGUGGAUGACAACAAACCCAGAGGCUGGGCUCCCAAGUGCUGCAUGAAGUUCGUGGUCAGCGCCAGUUUUUACGUGGUCAUCAUGGGCGCCAUCAUAGCCAACGCGAUGGCCGCUGCCUCGCUCAGCUUCAAACACGACGGAAGAGACAGAACGGAGUUUUACAGGGAUUAUUACUACAUGGAGGUGGGUUUUACUCUGUUCUUCGACCUGGAAGUUAUAUUCAAAACGUGGUGCCUGGGACUUCGCGGCUAUUGGUGCCUUGCUAUUCACAAGUUUGAGUUUCUGUUGGCCGUCGGGACAAGCCUCAGGUUGAUUCCGCCUCUAUUCAUGUCUGCUCUCACUUAUUUCCAAGUCCUUAGGAUCGUCCGCCUGAUCAAAGCGUCUCCGGUUCUGGAGGAUUUUGUUUACAAGAUCUUCGGCCCCGGGAAGAAACUGGGAAGUCUGAUUUUGUUCACCAUGUGCCUCCUGCUCAUCACUUCAUCCAUAUCGAUGCAGCUCUUCUGUUUCCUGGACGACUACGAGAAGUUCGAGACUUUCACCAAUGCUUUCAUGUCCAUGUUCCAAAUCCUGACUCAAGAAGGAUGGGUUGACGUGAUGGACGAAACAAUGAUCAAGACCAUGAUAAACACCGAUGACGUCAUUGGAUACUUCGUAGCUGCCUAUUUCAUCAUGUACCAUCUUAUUGUUACUCUGAUUGUGCUGAGCUUGUUCGUGGCUGUCAUCUUGGAUAACUUGGAACUUGACGAGGACCUGAAGAAACUGAAGCAGAUGAAGGCACGAGAGCAGAGUGCUGGGAUUCAAGAGACUCUUCCGUUAAGGCUUAGGAUAUUUGAGAAAUUCCCUGAUAGGCCUACGAUGACCAGGCUACACAAAGUUCCAUCAGAUUUUUCUCUUCCCAAAGUUCGCGAAAGUUUCAUGAGGCAAUACCUAGAAGAGGAGCAGGAGGAUGAGGACGGUCUAACCAAAGUAAGAGGCAUAGGAGGUCUGGAAGAUUCCACAAUUUCAUACCGCAAGAGACAACCAGUCAAACUCUUGAAGCCGGUUUCACACCCACGCAACGCUGAUUACGAGAAGAAGAAGAUAGCAGUCUCCAACAUCAUAUGUGACUCCAAUAACCAACGGCUCCUCCUGGGGGAUUCGGGCCAGAUCCCUCUUCCGGGGAAAGGAACGCAUUCGCACGGCACCGUUUCCUCCAAACACGUCCGUCUAGACCAAAAGUCCAUCCGCCGCAGUGUUCGGGGGUCGGUCAAACUCAAGCAGCAGACCUACGACCACCUGAAAGAAAACGGCGACAUCGGCGCCAUGAACAGGACGUCCUCGAGUCGCAAGCCACAGGACCUCGACAUCAAGAUGUUGCAGGCCAAGAGGCAGCAGGCAGAAAUGAGAAGGAACCAGAGAGAAGAAGACUUGAGAGAGAAUCAUCCCUACUUCGACACUCCUCUCUUCGCCAUCGGGCGAGAGAGUCGGUUCAGGAAGAUAUGUCAGCUGAUAGUGUAUUCUCGAUACGAUACAAGUCACAAGGAUCCUGUAACCGGAAAGGAGAGGAAGAUCAAAUACAAACGACUUCAUAACUUGCUUGGCCUAGUGACCUAUUUGGACUGGGUAAUGAUCCUCGUGACGACCCUCUCCUGUAUAUCUCUCAUGUUCGAGACAGCCGAGUAUCGAAUCAACGAAACACCCAUGUUACAGAUAGCGGAAUAUACCUUUGUCGUGUGCAUGAGUCUGGAAUUGGGUCUAAAGAUUCUUGCCGAUGGUCUGAUGUUCACCCCAAAGGCUCUCAUCAGGGACAUGGCUGGGAUUCUGGAUCUCUUCAUAUUUACGGUGUCUCUUGUUUUCCUGUGCUGGAUGCCUGAGGAGGUUCCUCCCCAGUCUAGUACUCAGCUCCUACUGAUUCUCCGGUGCCUGAGGCCGCUAAGAAUUUACAUUCUCGUCCCACACAUGCGCAAAGUGGUCUCCGAGUUGUGCAGGGGCUUCAAAGAAAUUCUUUUGGUAUCAGUGUUGUUAAUAGUCCUGCUGUUUGUCUUCGCGAGCUACGGUGUCCAGAUGUAUGGAGGUGAACUGGCCAGGUGCAAUGACCCUAUGAUCGUCGAGCGCAAGGACUGCGUCGGCGUCUUCGUCAGGGAGAUCUUCGUGACCAAGAUGAAGCUGCUCCCGAGGGAGAAUGAGGCUCCUCCAGCUAUGCUUGUCCCUCGAGUGUGGGCCAACCCCAGACGCUUCAACUUUGACAACAUUGGAAAUGCCAUGCUGGCCCUCUUUGAGGUUCUUUCUUUCAAAGGCUGGCUUGACAUUCGAGACGUAUUAAAAAUGCGCCUUGGUUUCGCUUCAACCAUCUACAUUCACAUCUUCGUUUUCUUGGGAUGCAUGAUUGGCCUGACGCUGUUCGUGGGUGUGGUUAUUGCCAACUACUCAGAGAACAAGGGCACUGCCCUUCUCACUGUCGACCAGAGGAGGUGGUGUGACCUCAAGAAGAGGUUGAAGAUCGCUCAGCCUCUGCAUCUUCCUCCUCGACCAGACGGACGGGCCUUCAGGGCUUUCAUCUACGACAUCACCCAGAACAUCUACUUCAAGAGAUUUGUAGCUGUUUCGGUUAUCAUAAACAGCAGUUUAUUGUGCGUUGCUUGGAACCAGGAGGACAACCGCACGAAAUCUCUGGCGAUCGCCUCUUCGCUUCUGAAUCUGGUGUUCGUGUGUGAAGUCGUCAUGAAGCUGAUCGCCUUCACUCCCCGAGGGUACUGGCAGAGUCGUCGCAAUCGCUACGACCUCUUCGUCACAGUUCUCGGCGUAGUUUGGAUUAUCCUCAAUUACACGAUCCAGACGAAUGAAUCACACAUGUUCGGUUUUAUGGUGAUCAUUCUUCGGUUCUUCACCAUCACUGGCAAACAUGCCACUCUCAAGAUGCUGAUGCUGACAGUGGGAGUCUCUGUCUACAAGAGUUUCUUCAUUAUUAUGGGAAUGUUCGUGCUCAUCCUCUCGUACGCUCUGGCCGGUUGCAUUCUCUUCGGCACUGUCAAAUACGGAGAGGGAAUCGGCAGGCAAGCCAACUUCCAGACGGCGACCAAUGGCAUAACUCUCCUGUUCCGUAUAGUCACAGGUGAAGACUGGAAUAAAAUCAUGCACGAUUGCAUGGUGGCACCACCUUUCUGCACUCCCGGGGAAAACUACUGGGAAACGGACUGUGGAAACUUCACUGGUUCACUCAUCUUCUUCUGCUCCUUCUACGUCAUCAUUACUUACAUCGUACUAAAUUUACUUGUGGCUAUCAUCAUGGAGAACUUUUCGUUAUUCUACUCGAAUGAAGAAGACGCGCUUCUUUCUUACGCCGAUAUCCGUAAUUUCCAGAACACCUGGAAUAUAGUUGACGUCAACCAGCGUGGGGUGAUACCUGUCAGGAAAGUGAAGUUCAUCCUUCGAUUGCUCAAAGGAAGACUGGAAGUCGACCCCGAAAAGGACCGUUUGCUCUUUAAACACAUGUGCUACGAGCUGGAACGUCUGCAUAAUGGAGACGACGUCACUUUUCACGAUGUGCUCAACAUGCUGUCCUAUCGAAGUGUAGACAUCCGGAAAUCCCUGCAGCUUGAAGAAUUGAUGGCCAGAGAAGAACUCGAGUACAUCAUUGAGGAAGAGGUAGCCAAACAGACAAUCAGAAACUGGCUCGACAACUGCCUCAAGCGCAUUAGGGUGCAAAAAGAACAAACUUCAUUGAUGGCUGGAUUACGAGAAACGAAUGAACCUCUGAUCGUCAGCCUACACGAUGAAAAGAAGCCGCCAAUUCACGACAAGGAAAAAGAAGUGGAGAACAAGGAGGGAGAAAGAACUCGCGAACGGAAGAAGGGCAUGAUUAUGGUGAGAACUGAUUCCAUGACGAGUAUCAGUGGAAGAAACUACUUGGCGCCAACCUUAUCUGACGCUCCGACGAGAGAGAAGCACGCCAGACACGACUCGAAACCUAGGAAGACCAGACCUUCAGGUGGCAGUAAAAACCUACCCCACGUCAGCGAAGGCGAAGGUAUUCCAGUGACAGGCAGCGCGCCACCAAUAAGCGACAUCACGAGUAACAAGGCGGUUCUCCCGCGCUCUGCCUCCGGUUCUGGGGAGGUUCGAGACUGGUGGCGGGAACAAGUCGGAUAUAAUUCAGGUUCAGACGGCGAAGACGAUAACAUGGAUUAAGAAAUCUGAAUAUGGUGAGGAUAAGUUUUGAGUUCAAAUUUUCGUUAUGACAACGGAUGAAUAAAUCCUUUCCUGUGGUUCUUUUUUAUGUAGGUUUGAAUUUGUAAGUGUUUUGGUCUUCAUAUGAUUUCCGUCAAAAUUUAGCAUAUGUCCACAAUUGAAGCAAUAACGGCUACUGUAUUCUUGCAUAUGAUGAGUGUCCAUUCAGUCUUUCAAGACGAAUAACGUCCGAGGUGCGAAGUUCAACACGAAAAAAGUCUUCAGACGGAAACUACUUCAAGGAAGUAUAACGGACAUUGCGAAUAUAAAACAGGAGGGAUGACUCAGCAUUCUUAAAACAUUUGCAAGAGAUAGAAGAUAGGGCCCAAAGUUCAGGUGGAAAGAUAAAUUAUUGAGUGACAUGAAGGAAAAGGGUCUAAGAGAAGAUGUACAGGAGAGAGAAAGGUGGAACUGGCUGACUAGAAACAGCGACCCCAUAUAGAAAUGGGAAAAGCUGAAGGCAAAGAAGAUACGGCCCAAUUCUUUAUUUACUGUUAGAUUAGUAUUUAUACAGUAUUAUUCGUGAGAUGACUGAGACUCGGGUCAUUCAGUUUCCCUUCGUCUGCUCUAUCGUUUCCAUCUUUACACUUUACUGAGAGGUAUAAGAGAACUCCUUCAAUAAAAACGGGCAAAAGAAACCAGACCAUGAGUGAAGACUUGCAAAGAAUGUGAAUAUCUCCAGUUUAACCAACCAUGGUGGUAUUUCAGGUCAAAGUGCGUGGCAGUGGGAAUAAUAUGAGAGUUAAUCAGUUACCAGUAUAGCGAGUGUUGAGGUAAGAUUAAACGCAGGCACACACACACACACACACACACUCACAAGACGUUGCAUGCAAGAAUCGGUUUCUUAAAAGAUUUUAUAACUUUGAAAAGAUGUGGAAUUAUUCUUAGAGCCAGAGUGGAUAUGUCCUUAAAGCCCAAUCUUUACCAUACCCCGACCCUUGCGAAAAUAAAAGCCCUUUAUUUUUCAGUAAAUGUGGAACAAAUUGCCCGUAGCUCAGUUUUAAUAUGUAAAUUGCGUGAGUUUCUCGUAGGAUUGAAAUAUUGGCAACAGCACCAAAACGAGAUGCCAUGUUGAUAGAAAAUCUGA